AUGAAACACAAAUCUCCCAAAGAAGAGCUAUUGCCAGUAGGCUCUUCCAAAGGAUUAUUUUGUUUAGCUGAAGUUUCCCUUCAUCAUGAUUUGUUCUACAUUAAUAAUCCAAUACUAGAACAGUAUGUUGUUCUCCCAAAAGCUCUAGCAAAAGCUGAGAUCUUUACUCUCGGACAUGAUGAAACGUGGAGGAAUUUGGAUGUUUCUUCCAUCCAGUACUAUUUUCGGUCUUGUGCAAUUACACUUGGUGGAACUCUUCACCGGAUAGUUGGCAAAUAUGUAUGCACAAUCCUUAAAACAAUAACACAGAUUAGUACUGAUCUUAUAGUUGGAUUUGACAUCGACGAAGAGAGGUUCAGGACAAUCCUUUUGCCCUCUGCCCUGGAAAAUCAAAAGAAAGAAACAAGGCUAACAAGUGUUGGAAAUUGUCUUUGUAUAGUUGAUUAUAAUGAGAAUAUAUUUCAGAUUGAUGUACGGAGAAUGAAAGACAAUGGAGUUUCUGAGUCAUGGACAAAAACCUGCAUUAUUUCGUCUACUUGGUUAAAAGAUUAUAGUUUUUCAUCUGCUCCACCUAUGAUCGGAAUAUCAGAAGAUGAUCAAGACACCUUUUUGAUAUCAGAUCUAAACAACCACUGUUUGAUAUCUUAUAACUUGAAGAAUAAUAGUUGGAGUAAACUUGAGGUGCAUAGAUAUUUCUUUCCAUUUGCCUAUGAUCCCAGUUUUGUUUCGAUGAAGGACGUUUUCAGAGGAAGUCAACUGAGGAUACUCCAAAUCUAG